UUUUGAACCACUUCCCAAAGGGAUAUACCUGCACCAUUUUCUGGCCACUACUUUUUUUCUUAAUCUUAUUUUUAUGAGGUCGACUCUGGUAAUCAUUAUAUAAACCUAGCCACUGUACCAUAUCUCAAUCACUAAAAUCUCUUCAGUUCAGCAACAAAAUGGCUUCUUAUUCUUCUAUUUUUGUUUGCAAUGUUGUGUUCCUCCUGCUUUCGAUUCUUCUUGUAUCAACCUCUGCGGAACAAUCAAGUGCCGUUGCCUCCAUCAUACCUUCCGUAGAGUUGACCGGAACUCCCACAGAGAACUACUUCUGUGACACUAACCUCAACGUGUACACGACUCAGGUCUGGGGUCCAACUCAAGAUUGCUUUCUCUGCACACCUUAUUGCUACGGUGCAUGCGAUUCGAUGCGAACCACUUCGGCGUUGACCCCGAGCUGCACAUGGAUUUCAAGUACAAACGUCCGUUGUGAAUGCUGUUGUGUAAAACCAAAAUCUCCACCACCCCCACCAUGCCCACCUCCUGCUCCUCUUCCACCACCCCCACCGUGUCCUAGUCCUCCUUCCAGCGAUAAGUGUGAUACUGGAGACGACGUCACCGAGACUACCAUGCCAAGCUCAAAUUGCGCCGAUUGUACUAAUUGGUGUAACAACGAUUGUUCGGAACUAGGAGGUCGUGUGAUUGAGAACAAGUGCGCGAUUGGUGAAUCUAAAUUCGUAAGGCGUUGCAGCUGCUGCUGUCGUGGAGGAAAAUCUGUCCUAAAGUCUGUUCUAAAGUUGUCUUAGUUUUCCUUUUGGAUGUUACCAGGUCUCUAGGAUCACCAUGCAGCUACAAGCAGCUUAUCUUUGUUUUCGUUAUCUUUACUGUCUGUUGGCCAUCAUCAUCAUCAUGAUUCUUGGAUGAGAUGGGAUCCAUCAAGCAGCUUUUAUUUAUCAACUGUGAUUGUUAAGUUUCAAUUAGUAGGAAUUGUGUCAAAGCCUUGAUUGAAGACUUUAAUAAUAAGUCCUUGCAGAAUUCAUGUCUU